GGCCCUUCGUGCAGCAGUGCGAUGUGAUCACGAUGUUUGGUCCUCGCAGAGUCUUACAGUCUCGGCUCCGGCUACUUGCGCCUCAAUCCAUCUCGCGGUCCAGGCUCCAAGCCUCCAGAAACGUCAGCUCUGUCGCCCCGAGCCCCACGACUGAGCCAUCCAAGUGGCCGCGACGCCUGGUCUACGCCGCCAUCUUCGGUACUCUGGGAUCAUUCGCUGGAAAAUGGAUGGAUGAGAAGGUCUCCGCGCCCCCGCGACCGGGAUCCCACGAGGACCGUCGUCGAUUGGAGGACAUCCAUCACGUAUACGAACACCAGCUCCCCAUCGUGAAGAAACUACGCAACGACCCGGAUUACAUCGAGGAUAACGUCUACGUGAACUACUCAGAUGACGACAAGAUGAAUCGCUUUACGUCUGGCUUGCUGCGGGGGAGCAGAGGAGUGGCGUUCCAGAAAAUAUUCUGGAACGACAAGGAGAAGAAGGCUGUAAACAUCGUCUACCUGGGUACCGGCAUCGAAGGUUGGCCAACAGUGGUCCACGGUGGUGCUCUUGGCACCAUCAUCGAUGAGCAUCUGGGCCGUGCUGCGGUACGGCAUCUUCCGGAGCGUACGGGGGUCACUGCGAACCUCGAGAUCAACUACCGGGCCCCUGUCUUUUCCGGUCAUUUCUAUACCUUCUACGCCACGCUCGACCAGGAACGCAGUACCGAUCGGAAGGCCUAUGUCACGGGUGAGGUCCGCGACCCCAUGGGUCAAGUGUGUGCCCAGGCGUCUGGCCUCUUUGUGGUUCCCAAGAAAUACGAACUCCGGACCCUCGGAGAUCGUUUCUGAGAUCUCGCGCUUGUCGAUGGCCCCGGGUUCUGCUGGUGCAAACGCUAUCCACGCCACGUGGGAUGGCCAGACUCCUGGCGUCUGUCUGUGUUGUGUUCUCGGAAUUUCCACUACGCACCCGACAAUCCACAAAACCCGGGAAAGAAAUUGCCCAGGACACAGGGCACUACACUUCAUGUCUAAGCCCUUAACUGCGGUUGAUGUGCAACUUCCUUUCCGGUACAACUUUGCACAUGAUAUAUAGAAACCUGGAUUUGCAUCUAAGGCCAAUAAAAGUGAGCCGAGACAGUUGGACACCAACCCUCAUUUUAAAGGAGACCACCCCAGUAGUCCAUGUUUCACUCCAGCUAUCAUACCUUAGUGUUUGCUUAAGUUUUGACGGGAUUUUGUCGGGGAGAGAGAGCGUCGAUUGGUCGGGACAGACAAACUGACUGGGGGCGGAUCCUUCUCCACGCUCUCCACCCCCGCCUUCUCACCUUCGACCUUACUCCACUUGGACAAUUUACCCUGUUAGUCCCUCAAGGUCGGCAUUCGGCAUUCUCUCUUUACGGCUUGAUCGCACCAGAGUUUGAGAAAAUGCCUCGGUUGCAUUUAAAACGCGUCGUCUUCGGGCCCAUCAGCCGAUUGAGCUUUGGAAUGUACGCUCAGACCCACGCAUGGGCGUC